AUGUUGCGGCGUGCCGUACAACAAGCGAAGAAGAAUGCAUAUAUUGGCAUGUCGGUGAAUCCUCCGCCGGCCACUCAGGCGUACAACCCGCCGCCACCCACUCAUGUGUACAACACGCCGCCACCCACUCAUGUGUACAACCCGCCGCCACCCACUCAUGUGUACAACCCGCCGCCGAUUUCUCAGGUGUACAACCCGCCUCCUGCCACUCAGGUGUACAACCCGCCGCCGGUUUCUCAGGUGUACAACCCGUCGCCCGCCACUCAGGAAUACAACCCGCCGCCACCCACUCAUGUGUACAACUCGGCGCCGGUUUCUCAUGUGUAUAACCCGACGCCAGUUUCUCAGGCGUACAACCUGCCGCCUGCCACUCAGGCGUACAACCCGCCUCCCGCCACUCAUGCGUACAACCCGCCGCCGGUUUCUCAGGUAUACAACCCGUCGUCGGUUUCUCAGGCAUACAACCCGCCUCCCGCCACUCAUGCGUACAACCCGCCGCCGGUUUCUCAGGUAUACAACCCGCCUCCCGCCACUCAGGUGUAUAACCCACCGCUAUAA